AUGGCCAGAGAAAAAAAGGCGAGGAAAUCGAACGGAGUGGUGCCGGAGAAGCUGGCGACUCCCGAAAAAGUGGUGGAAGUUGAAAUUCCAGAAUCCAACGGGAAGAAGCACGUGAAUGGUGUUGUUCGUAAUGGAAAACGGCUCAGCGAGUCGGAAAAGCCGCUGGGCGAUCGUGAAAGAGAGCCAACGACCCCAACAAGCGACUCGAAAAAGCCAAAAUCCGGACCUGCCGGUGGAUCUCAAUGCGUUCUGCUCACUCAGGGAAUCAUGGCGAAUGACAGUACCAAAAUCGACGCGGUCAUCAGAAUUUUGAACUCGGAUAUUAUUCAUGCGACUCUCCGUGACCUCCAACCUAUGCAAGUCUUGCCAUUGCUCAAAAUCAUCGAAUCUCGUUUGAAGACUAGAAAAGCGGCUGACAUUCGCCCAACAAUCCGAUGGGCUCAGGUCGCCUUCUCAAUCCAUAUGCCGUAUCUGAGCUCUCUGCCAAAUUUGGAAAAGGAAAUCGGCGGACUCAUCGGAUGGCUGCGCUCUCGUGUCGGUCAUCAUCGCGAGCUGCUGGCGCUGCACGGAAAAAUAUCGACGAUCGCCGAUUUGAUCAAGAGACGCACGAAUAAUGUGGUCAUUGUGCAGCAGCCGUUGGUUGUAUUCAAUAAUGACGUCGACUCGGAUUCUGAAGAAUUUGACACAAUCGGUUCGGAGGACGAUGGUGAGAGCAGUGAGGACGAUUGGUGGGAGGAUAACGAGUUGAAGGAUGAGGAUGGAGAAAUGCAGGACGACGAUGAUGACGAUGACGAUGGAAAUUCAGAUGAGAGUGAAAUGGAUGCGGAUAGUGAUGAUGGAAGUGGUAAUGGAUCUGGAUCGGAGAACGACGACGAUGACGAGGACAUGGAGGUCGGCUAA